AUGUCUGGCUUCAGGGCCCUCAACGUCGGCUCGCCGAGCAUCUCGGAAACACCGACUAUCAAAGUUGACAAUUCGGCAGCGGCAGAGGCUCCUUCAAGCAAGGCAUCGCCUCCUUUUCAUGCCCCAGAUGAUGGGUUGAGGAGGAGAGAUAGUUCAGAUCGCCCUACCAUUCAGACAAGCGGCCAUGGGAUGGACAGGCAAGACUCACACAAGAGGAAGCGCUCUGACUCCGUCGAGCGUCGGCAGGACCACAUAUUGCAGGAGCGUACGCCUGAUACUGCGACCAUGCCGCCACAUGGUGCUCAUCGUGAUCCGUUCGGCACACCCCAGCGAGAGGGAUAUCGUGGUCCAUCAGAAAGCCAAGACCGCGAACACCGGACAUCUCACCAACAACGGCCGUCAUACGAGAGUCGACAACCUGGCACCAUGUCGCCGGGACCAAGACAAGGCGACGACCACCUUGGGGAUGCGCUGCGAAGGACACACGAACAGUCUGAGAUGGGCGAUUACCCGAAUACGAGCCCUGAGGCGGACGAGGCAUCCCACUCGUACUACAGCGGACAGUAUAGUCAGGAUUCCCGGCAAGAUCCCAUGCUGCAGCAUGAUCCCAAGAAACGCAAGCGCAAUUUCAGCAAUCGGACAAAAACAGGCUGCUUGACAUGUAGGAAGAGGAAGAAGAAGUGUGAUGAGACGAAGCCUGAAUGUCAAAACUGCGUCAAGGGCGCGUUUGUCUGUGCUGGCUAUCCUCCCCAAAGGGGCUCGAGCUGGCAGAAACCCGAAAACAAGUCGCCCACUGUACCAUUGGAGUCGAAGGAUCCUACCUAUGUGCCUCCGGGUGCGUACGGUAUGCCGCAGCAAGGCUCGUAUGCAAGUCAGCAGCAACCUGUCAAAAGGGAGCCCCUCCCGCACUAUCGGGGUCAGGCCCUCAGGAUCGACCCGCCCCAAGGCCGGCCUCUGGUCACGGAUGAUGACCGGCCAACAGCGUCAACAAUCCCGAGCGCGUCUGUCACGAGCCCUGAUAACAAGCUGUCCGCCAUGCCCUACACGCCCGCCAACGCUUUCCCGACACCCAUCAGCGCGAACACGCAACCUCCGCCGUUCAGCGACAGGAUGGCCAAGGAUUACCAGCAGCGCGUACCUUCGCUGCACGAACUGGGCAGGAACGAGCCUGAGACUCCCCAUCCAGAUCGCCAGCGAGGCCAGUUACCUCAGAUUAACCUGCUUCAUCCGAACCGCAACAGCAGCCCUGCUCCUCCGUCAGCAGUACAGUCACCGUCAAGCUCUCAGAUGGCCGCGCAACUGGCCCUGUCCCAGGCCGCGUACUCGCAGAAGCGCACGCAAAAGGAGCAGAUGCUCGUCGGCCGUCCCUUCUACCCCUUCGACAAGGAGCUUGUCCUGGAGAGGGAGCGCUGCGCAGCGGCGUGCUGGAGGUUCAACAACCUGACAACACCGCCAAGUUACGGAGUUUCGCCCGAAGAACGAGCGCGUCUCUUUCUGGAGAUUCUGCAACCUCGCGAUCCCAUCCGACUCUCCCCCGGAGAGGCUUCCCCGAUCACCCACGUCGGACACGUGGGACGCUCCGUCACAGUCGAAACCCCGUUCAAUUGCGACUAUGGCUAUAACAUUACCAUUGGCAACUACGUAUCCAUCGGGCGCAACUGCACGAUCAACGAUGUCGGAGAGGUCAAGGUUGGCGACAACACCGUCAUCGCGCCGAACGUCAGUAUCUACGCGUCGACUCUGCCAGUGGAUCCUAAGAGGCGCCAGGGAGGGCAGGGCCCUCAGUCCGGCAAGAACGUGACGAUUGGCGACAACUGCUGGAUUGCUGGCGGUGUGACGAUCCUCGCGGGCAUCUCAGUUGGGAAGGGCAGCACCGUGGGGGCCGGUUCUGUUGUCACCAAGGAUGUCCCCCCUUUCACUGUCGUGGCCGGGAAUCCGGCUCGGGUUUUGCGUGGCAUUUCGUCUUGA